CCCGUGCAAGACCUCAAAUGGACCAGCGAACCACCCAAUUAGGUCCAGGAUGUCAGCAACAAUCGAUGCUAACCACGAAGAAGAGCCGCCUCAUCAAUAAACCAGCGCAAGGGACUAUGCCGCAGCUCUAGCACCCAGAAAGACAUUUGAGCACCAUAUCCAAGCCUGCACAACUCACCUCGUCCCAGCCAAAGUGCUAUCGUUGAUCAAUCCACCAUGUCCUUAUCCGCACCCUCCUUCUCCUCCACCUUGGGAGCAGCAUAGUUCGACUCGACGGGGAUAUCCUCCUUAUUCCCAUCGACAUCCAUGCCCUCACCUUUCAUCUUCUCCGCCUUCUCCACCGUCUUCUUUGCAAGUCCAUUCGCCACACCGACCUCCUGCAGCUUCUUCAGGCCCUCCAGUGAGAUCGUGCCCACCUGCGGCGCCGCCGGCGUAGAAGAGAAAUCGGCUUUACGACCUGCAGCGAAGUUGAAGGUCGUGUUCGCGAUUCUGCCUAGCUUCGCCUACUUGGGCGCGUGCUUGGAGCCAGCCAUGCCGGUUGCGUCGGCGGUGCCGGGGAUAUCUAGGGGUGGGUUCGCGGGCGUCGCUCUUGGGAAUGGAGUCGGAGUCAUUAUGGGUGCGCCUCACCAAAUGAGUGGCCUCGCGGAGCUCGUUAGUGUGGGCGUCGUACGAGGCCUUGUUCGUGGGUGCGGGUUUAUGGCCGAUGUCCAUGUCCCCGGCAUGGGUUGGGUAAACGAGCUGAGGCUGGGCCUGGAAGAGAGGGAGAGGCUUGAUCUGUCCCAUCUGCUCGGUGCACUGCCAGAGAGAUGGGCGGUUGAAGUGGGCUUUGCGCUUCCAGCAGCCAUUGAAGUUGGCGCCUUGGACCUGCUGGGCGAUCUUGGGAAGAGCCUCGUUGAGCGCUUGACCUGA